AUGCUCUCUAGUGGAUGAGAGCCCGUAGCCCUGUUGGAGGUGUGUGAUGCUCUCUAGUGGAUGAGAGCCCGUCGCCCUGUUGGAGGUGUGUGAUGCUCUCUAGUGGAUGAGAGCCCGUAGCCCUGUUGGAGGUGUGUGAUGCUCUCUAGUGGAUGAGAGCCCGUCGCCCUGCUAUCUGUUGGAGGUGUGUGAUGCUCUCUAGUGGAUGAGAGCCCGUAGCCCUGUUGGAGGUGUGUGAUGCUCUCUAGUGGAUGAGAGCCCGUAGCCCUGCUAUCUGUUGGAGGUGUGUGAUGCUCUCUAGUGGAUGAGAGCCCGUCGCCCUGCUCUCUAGUGGAUGAGAGCCCGUCGCCCUGCUCUCUAGUGGAUGAGAGCCCGUAGCCCUGCUAUCUGUUGGAGGUGUGUGAUGCUCUCUAGUGGAUGAGAGCCCGUAGCCCUGCUCUCUAGUGGAUGAGAGCCCGUAACCCUGCUAUCUGUUGGAGGUGUGUGAUGCUCUCUAGUGGAUGAGAGCCCGUCGCCCUGCUAUCCGUUGCAGGAUGUCUGCGUCGGACUCUGAUUUCUCCAUAGACUACCUGGCCAGUGACAGUGAAGAUAAUGACAACGACAGCGGCGUGGGACUGAGCCCCGACGGACACACAGUCAGGACGGCACCUUCAUCCUCCUUACCUCCACCCUCAUCAUCAUCAUCAUUAAGGGACUCUCCCAGUAACACUGACUGUGGUUCUUCUAAGGACGGGAUCUCGAGGCUAAACAGGAAUUCCAACCACGAGGAACCCCAUAGGCUGAGCAGUGACACAGGAGAUUUCGGGGACUCUGGCCUCAGUAGGGACGGUGACAGUGAUAAUUCCAACGACGCUGACCCUCGACUGAGCAGGGACAGAGAUUGUAGUUGUGGUGGCACCCCUCCUCCAGCCACCUACGAGGGGGGCCGCUGCCCCAGUGAGACCCAGGGAUGUAGUCCUACUGUGUACGGUCAGCAGCAGCAGAGACUGUCAUGGAGCCCGACGGCCUCAUCUCAAGCCUGGGAUAGAAACAGUAGACAGAGUGGCACUGGGAAGCCUGGGCAGGGCAGGAAGAGGGCACACAGCCAUGGACGGCAUCCUGGAGACGAAGGCUGCAGGAACAGAGACACAACGGAACCUGGGGAGUCUGAGAAGGAUCAGCUGUUUGCCCAGAAGUGUAUGGAGCUCCAGCGUUACCUCCAUCCCCUGUCUUCCAUCCUGAGAGGCCUGCGCUCUGGGAGGUACUCAGAACGUCUUAGCCGUUUCCAGGAGAGCGUUGCUAUGGACCGGAUCCAGAGAAUAAUGGGAGUCCUCCAGAACCCAAACAUGGGUGAGCGCUACGUCAGUGUGAUCCUGAAGAUGGAAGCGAUGCUCCAUAGCUGGUUUCCUCAAGUCAGAGCCCGCCCAGACCCAAGCCCAGACCCAGACUCAGACCCAGACUCAGACCCAGACCAGCACACUGACAGCCAGGAAGAGCACCACACUCCAGCUAAGCAGUACCAGGCCCCAGCCCAGCCACCACCUCAGCCUCUCCUCCCGUCGUCUCCCCCCAGAGGGUGACCACCACCUAGCCCUGCGAGCCUUCGACGGACCCCUGCCCGGCUCCUUCCCCUACUCCUCUGCCACUCAUCUCAAACGUCUCCACACCGCCCCCAUCUGCUCCUCCAACACAGAGACAGAGACAGCCCAGCAAGAGCCACCGGGCCUGGGCAGGCCCUCCAUCGCCUGCUCCCUGGGAUCCAACCGUCCAGCCGACGACCAGGAACAAACCCAAGACGACGCGGUCUCCUCCAGCACUGACCCCCAGGG